CGGCAAUUGAUUACACAGUGAACAGCUGACUGUACAGGUCGGUCAUCUCAGGUGGACUUUCAAUUGGGUGACAUUAUUCUACAAAAAGCAAAUAAAAGCAAUUGAUAUCACAAUAAGCUCGAGGAUUUUUAACAACAGCUUGAUCAGCACGGCGAGCUUUUAAAUUUGAAAAGUAAUUAAUAUUUUAUUGUAUUCAAAAUAAAGGGACACUACUUCAACUUUCAAUUGUACAAGGCUAUUAAAAUGCAUUCCCAGAGAUGCUGUCGAAGCUGCUUCUCAUGAAAUGGAUGGUUCACUCUUGGAGAAAUUCAAAAAAGAAGUGAAUGCCUUAAAAGCUCAAAGUGAUAGCUUGAACAAGCAGAUGUGGCUACUUUAUGUGACAUUUGAAGACUUCAUGAUCACACAACAUCCAGAAAGAGCAGAACAAAUUAUGGAAAAUAGACUCAACCCAGAUGAUUGGCUGAACUACCAAACUCGUUGCUUUGGUAACACUGAUACAUCACAAAUCCCACCUGAUUGGAAAUACGAUAUCGCCACCAAGUGUAAAACUGUACAUGAUAAGCGAAACAAGAGAGCUAGACGUAACACAGACAAAGCUGAAAAAUCUAUAAACAGUGAAGGAAAAGACAAAAAGAAAAGUGUCAAUUCUAAAGAAAUGAACCGAAUUAAUAGGAGAGAUCAAAGCAAAGUAUGUAUUGUUGAUAUGCAGGAGAGACAUGUCAACAUGCAUGAGAGACACCACAACACAAAUGAGAGACACUUUAUCACACAAGAAAAUAUCUCUAAGUCGUGUCUACCAGAUUUCACUCAUUAUAAACAAUUAUCUCCCCUUACAGUUUCUAGUGGAUAUGGAAGUGAGUAUUAUGACUUGGAUGUUCACAUUAGCAACCAGAAACAGUCACCUAGCAACAAGAAAGAAGACUUAUGUGGCAACCAGAAUCUAGGUCCAAAAAUGUGUAUAUCUCACCCUGAGAUGACAGAACUCUACCCAACAACCCAUCAUCCUAAACAACACAAAGCACCACAUGUUGACAUAACUCCAUGUAAUCUUAGUGAUUCUACUAGGUUACAGGAUAACGGUUACAAUAAAACAUUGAAUGCAGUCGACGACUCAAUGAGAGCUAUAAUAUCAGAUCUGAAAACUCAAGAUGCAGUGCCUUCAAAACAAACAGCCAAAAAUUGCCAACAAAUACAGUCACAUGACUCCAACUAUAAACCAACCAAUGAGACACUGGAGGUCACACAAAGAAAAACUAAUUUAAAGACUGGUUCAACAAUGAAAUCAAAUGGGAUGAAAAAGGACAAAUAUUCCAUCAAACCUUCACUGAGGUGUAAUGUUGCAUCUAGUGAAGUGCAGCCACAGGCUAAAAAUAUGGUGCAACAUUCCGCAAAAACGAUCCCAUAUUCAAAUGAAAAUAGACCUGACCCGACAAAACAACCUCUUCAAUUAAAAAAUAGAGACACUAACAAGCCUGUGAUUCAACAUCCACAAUUAUCUUCUACCCAACAAAAUAAACAACAAAAUCGUUCAAAUUCACCGACCGUUGCUGUGAACGAUACAUCAAACUAUGGCAAAGUCCGGUUGUAUGCUCUAGCUAAAUAUGGUCAUGUUUUAGAGCCCCAUUAUAAGCCAACUGAGGACACUGUAAAUGAAUUAUACAGACCACCUCGGAUUUCCUAUAUUUCACCUGAUACACCUAAUAACAAGAUAUCUCGACAGAUAGGACAUACCCUGCAAGGUAAAGAAGAUGAGAGUUAUGGGUUUGAUGAACUCAAAGGUCAUGGGUCACAUGACUCUUAUGAUUCUGGUAUUGUUAUGUCAGAAAAUGGUCUUGAUGAUGGGAACAGUAUAAAUGAAUUCUGUGAUGAUGAGCAUAUAUAUGAGACAAUCCCAGAUGAUAAAAUAUAUGCAAGUCUUUCAGAAAUCCUUCCAAAGGCUACGAAGGUGCAAUCAAGGACAACAAAACAAAAUGGUGAUAUUGUGUCAAAGAAUUCUGCGCAUAAGACUCCGCCUAGUCUCCCUGCUAGGAAUUAUAUGGGGGCACUGGAGGAUAUCCUCAACUCCACUGACUGUGAUCCUGAACCCAUCCCCAUCAGUAAACACCAUGACUCAUUCAUACCUAGAAUUAAACAAAAACUAAUUAAACAAUUUAACAUGGAAUCCACUGUCACUCAUCAUUAUGGGAUCGGAGAUGUUCUGGGUAGUAUAGAAAGAUUGGAAAAUCCAUCGAAAGUGACAAAAAACAGUGAGCCUUCCAUUCAGAAAAGUGAAUAUGGAUUUGUACAAAACAAAGCAGAGGGGCAACUAGUUAAUGAAAGAUAUGUGAAGCAACCUCCUCAUUGUGCUUCGCAACUGAGAAAGAAUUCUGCUUUAGUUGGAACACUGUGUUAAUCAUCAUUUAGAUCAACAGGGCUAAUAGCUGUAAUUUUUAUCAGAAAUAACCUUAUACGAGGGGUGAUCCGAAAUUUUAUCAAAAACAAACAAAAU